AAACAGAAACAGAGCAUGCUGAUUAGAUGUGAUCAAAAACAAAGAGAGCUAAGGGUCAUUACUUACCUUUGCUUUGUAAAUGUGAUCAGGUUGAAGUUGAAUUUGUGGUGGUGGUGGUGGUGGUUAGAGGUGCAGGGCUGUAUUCGUGGACUCUGGGCAGUCGACACGAAUGAAGCUGUGCAGUCUGACUGGGUGAAGGAAGUGGCUGUGUUAUUACUGAAGGGAGUGAAAGAAAGUUUUAUUGUGAAAGUAUCCAGGCGGAAGUGGUGUUCCUCUGCUGUCAAGAAGAAGAACAACAGUCAGGACGUCAGUUCAUCUUCGGUUAGGAUGUCAAAGAUGACAUCAAGCGGUACAAGCAGCGAGGAGGAGCGGGGCAUCCGAGAGUGUGAGCAGUAUGUCCAGAAACACAGCAUCCAGCAGCUGCUCAAGGACUGCAUCAUCCAGCUGUGCACGGCCCAGCCUGACCGGCCCAUGGCCUUUCUCAGGGACUACUUCGAAAGACUCGAAAAGGAGGAGGCCCAGCAGAUGGCUUCGCAGCAGAAGUCUUGCUCGCGGUCAGACUCCCGUGAGGAAGAAGUUUCUCCACCCAUGAACCCCGUGGUGAGGGGUCGGAGCCGGAGAGGAGCCAUCAGUGCUGAGGUGUACACUGAGGAAGACGCUGCCUCCUAUGUCAGAAAGGUCAUCCCAAAAGACUACAAGAGCAUGGCUUCCCUGUCCAAAGCCAUGGAGAAGAACGUGCUGUUUGCCCACUUGGACGACACCGAGAGGAGUGACAUUUUUGACGCGAUGUUUUCCGUCAACUACAUUGCCGGAGAAACAGUCAUCCUACAAGGUGAUGAGGGAGACAACUUCUACGUUGUUGACCAGGGAGAGAUGGAUGUAUAUGUGAACAAUGAACUGGUGACCAGCAUCGGUGAGGGAGGCAGUUUUGGGGAGCUGGCUCUGAUCUAUGGGACCCCUCGUGCAGCUUCAGUCCGGGCCAGGACCAAUGUCAGGCUGUGGGGCAUCGACAGAGACAGCUAUAGGAGAAUAUUGAUGGGAAGCACUUUGAGAAAGCGCAAGAUGUACGAGGAGUUCCUCAGCAAGGUGUCCAUUUUAGAGUCUCUGGAUAAGUGGGAGCGUCUGACGGUGGCCGAUGCCUUGGAGACUGUGCACUUUGAGGACAGCCAGAAAAUUGUGGUGCAGGGACAGCCUGGCGAUGAGUUCUUCAUCAUCCUGGAGGGGACAGCAGCGGUGCUACAGAGGCGUUCAGUGGACGAGGAGUUUGUGGAGGUCGGCAGACUUGGACCCUCCGACUACUUCGGUGAGAUCGCCCUGCUGAUGAACCGGCCCCGCGCUGCCACCGUUAUCGCAUGCGGACCCCUCAAGUGUGUCAAACUGGACCGGCCGCGGUUCGAGCGAGUCCUGGGUCCCUGCUCUGACAUCCUGAAGAGAAACAUUGAGCAGUACAACAGCUUUGUUUCCCUCUCUGUCUGAGCUUGGCCAGCACUCAGACCCUCCCUUUCCUCUUCUGCAGGGUCCACCAACGCACAUCUGCUUUAUUUCCUCACUUCUACACUCUUUCACACACGUUACCACAUCCUCAUGACCCCCCCCUGACAAGAUGACUUCAAUACAUCUGCUCCUCCUCUUAUUUGUUUUAUUUUUUUUGUGUGUGUAUGUACUCAGGAGAUGCAAUUUGUUUUCUUUGAAGGGAAGAGUUUCGAAGGUGUUUGCGUACACUUUGAAAGUGUAGCUGAAAUUUGAUAAUGGUGUAUGCACGACCGACUGAGCGUUCACACUGAUCACAUUAAAUAAUCUAGACAAAAUAUAAAGCAUUAUAUAGUCACAAUGAAAUGCGUAGAUGCAAUAGCGGAUGUAAAAAAGAUGAGUCAAAUUAAGACAGGAUAUAAAAGUGUGCACGGAAAUAGGGAUGGUAUAAAGUAAUUUGUUCCACAGUUUGAUGUGGGGGUAACAAAAUAUCGUCCCGUUAUCAGUUUUCCAGUAUUAAGUCAAACAGUGUGAACGCACUGUGAGUUGCUUUGUUUUGCUCUGGAGAUCUUCAGUGUUCACAAAGAUGCUGGACAGAUGGUUUCAUGCUGGCUUGAGGAGCUUUAUGUUUCUGACGGGGUUUUGCCAAAAGGUUUAUCUAAAGGUUUUUGCUGCUGCUGCUCUCUUUUUAUUCGUUUAUUUGUUAGAUGUUUUUAGCUACGCUAGCGGCGGGUUCUAGGGAUGGCAGUGUUGGGUCAGCUGGUCCACCGCUUUGGGUUUUGGACUGAAAUAUAUCUCAGCUGAUCCUUUCAUGUCAUCUCGCGAUGAACUGUAAUAACUUCCACUGACUUUUUCCUAAGCAUUCAUCAGGUCAACAUUUUUAAUUUGUGCAAGUACUUUGAUCUGUGACCAAAUAUCUGCAAAACGAACAACAUUCCCAUCAUCCUCCGCUGUAGUGCUAAUUAGGGAAUGUUAGCAUGUUAACAUGCUAAACUGAGAUGGUACACAUCUGCUAAACAUCAGCAUGUUACCAUUGUCAAUCUCUGUGUGAGUAUGCUGGUGUUACCAUUUAACCCAAAGCAUCCCGCUGUGCCCAAGUACAGUCUCACAGCUCGCAUAGCUGUAGUCUUGUUUUUGUUUUGUUUUUUUAAUAUUUGUUGUCUUGGUGUACAACAUUUCGUAGAGGGCUUUUACCCAGGAAGAGAAAUGAGAAAAGAAAAACAAAUCCAAAUAUGCACAAUUUAUUUCCAGUUAAAACAUUUGAACCAUUUUGGUCAUUGUUUUAUGAUUUUCCUUUUUCUCCUUAUCCAUGGCUUGUUUUAAAUUGCGCAUCUCCAUUUCGUCUCUUCUGUCGAACAGUUCAGGUUCUUACGUUUCACUGAACAGUUUUAGAUUUGCUUUUUUCAACAUGCUUUCUUUUUUGUAUUUUUUUUUAAAUAUUUAAUUCAUGAAUAAUAUCAUUUUCUCUUCAUUUACCUUUUUGUUCUUUAAAUGUAACUAUAUUUCUAGGUGAAAUUCUCCACAUUUAGUUGGCAGUGUUUGUUAAAUAAUGCAAAUACCCAACACACUUCAUAAUGUCCAGGUAUCCCUUUAAACUCUGCUGACAUGUGGCAUGUGCGUUCUAUUUACAGCUCUGUUACAAAAUCUAUAUAUUACGAGUAAACGACUAUAUUUUUUGCAGAUUUUUUGAUAUAUAAAAACUAUACAAUCAAAGAGAAAAUGUUUAUAUGCUGUUAAGUUCACUGUUACGUGUACGUCCGAUCCCGUCAUUUAAAGGGAGCGCAGGUCAAUACUUCCAAAAGCCAAACAAAAAAUGGUACCUCUUGGAAGAAAGAUCAGACUUUGUCUGCAGUAAAUAUGGAAGACACGUGGUAUCACAACCGAGCUGGUUCCGAAUAUGAUACCGAGGGUUUUUCCAUAUUUCAAAUUCUUUUUUCUUCUUUUACUUAAUCAUCAUAAAGGGACUUUAAAAGUGUUUAUUGUUGCAAAAGUGCAGAAACUGUCUGAUCAAAGAAUAGGUAAAGAAGAGGAUGAGGGUUAGAUUCAAACUUUGGGUACUUGACAAAUUAAGACACACUUCAGUUAGUAUCAAAAAGGUAUUGAGGUUCAGUACUCAGCCCUAUCUAACAGUAAACAGAUGUACAGAUAGCCCGCUAUAGUUAAAGCUGUGAGUCAAAGCAUCACUAACAGUCCCUGCCUGAUAAUCAUUGCUGAUGCUUGUCACUCUGUUUUGCAGUUUUCUGUUACCUCUUCUCUUAUGUACUCUAAAUAUGUCAUAACUGUAGUCCAGCCAGUGGAAACAUUUAUUUAGAUUAUUAUUUGUAUUGAUUUUCUGAUAAACACAGUGUUAAAUGUUUUAUCAAAGAUGUCUUAAAUCAAUAGUGUUGCACCCACAUGUACAGUAAAGUGUCAUUUUGACUUGGUACUUUUUAAAUCAGCUAUGUCUUAUGACUUUACAGUAUUUCUGACUCACGCUGGUCAAAAAGAAUAAAUCUCACUGUGCUCCACUCGGUCAGACCAGAGAUCAGUGUUUGUGAGCCUGCAGUGAGACAGCAAAGAGUCUCUCCAGAGGACCAUUCUUUUCUUUUUUCUAGAGUUUGUGUGCCUUCCUUUCUUUCUUUCUGUCUUUAGAUUGACUGGAGGGAUUGUGCUUAAACGUUGGUGUGUUUUUGGAUUCCUCUGUAGGACGUUCUUACAGCAGUUAAAGCAAUAAAGAGAUCAGUGUUUUCAUGGA